CCCCUCAGCGCCGCCUCAGCCUCCUCCUCAGCGUCCGCCAUGGCCGCGGGCGGCGGGGGCCUCGCCGUCGUCCGGCUCCUCGCUCGCCAUUUCCUCCUGCAACAGAAGGGAAUUCGGCACUGUUCCUACACAGCCUCACGGAAUAAUCUCUUCGUCAAUAAAACCACAAAGGUUAUUUGCCAAGGUUUCACUGGCAAGCAGGGCACCUUUCACAGCCAGCAGGCGUUGGAGUAUGGUACCAAUUUAGUCGGAGGAACUUCUCCAGGGAAGGGAGGCAAGACUCAUCUGGGUCUCCCGGUGUUUAACACCGUGAAGGAGGCCAAAGAACAAACAGGAGCUACUGCGUCUGUAAUCUAUGUUCCUCCCCCAUUUGCUGCCGCUGCAAUCAACGAAGCGGUGGAAGCAGAAAUCCCUCUAGUAGUGUGCAUUACUGAAGGGAUUCCGCAGCAGGACAUGGUGCGAGUGAAACACUCCCUAACCCGACAGAGCAAGACAAGGCUAGUUGGUCCCAAUUGCCCCGGAGUUAUCAAUCCUGGAGAAUGCAAAAUCGGCAUCAUGCCUGGCCACAUUCACAAGAAAGGAAGAAUUGGUAUUGUGUCACGAUCUGGCACCCUGACAUAUGAGGCGGUUCAUCAGACAACACAAGUUGGAUUGGGACAGUCAUUUUGUGUUGGAAUUGGAGGUGAUCCCUUUAAUGGAACAAAUUUCAUUGACUGCCUUGAAGUUUUUCUCAAAGAUCCAAGCACAGAAGGAAUCAUACUAAUUGGUGAAAUUGGUGGCAAUGCUGAAGAGGAUGCAGCGGCAUAUUUGAAGCAACAUAAUUCAGGGCCACAUGCCAAGCCAGUAGUGUCCUUCAUCGCGGGUUUGACUGCUCCUCCGGGCAGGAGAAUGGGUCACGCCGGGGCUAUCAUUGCUGGUGGGAAAGGUGGAGCUAAAGAAAAAAUCGCUGCUCUUCAGAGUGCUGGCGUGGUCGUCAGUAUGUCUCCGGCUCAGCUGGGAAGCACCAUGUACAAGGAGUUUGAGAAGAGGAAACUACUGUAAAAACCUUGUGACAGGGAGCACUGGACAAGCGUGAACCAACACUGCCCCUGCUUUUGGGUAGCCAUUGUAUGCCAACCCAGCCUCAUUCACAUGACUGAUAUUGGUCUCCCAAUGCAACGUGAAGCCAUAAGGAAUGUUUCGAAUGCUCUUAACUCAGAUGUGUUCUCCUGAUUAUUCAUCAUAGCUAAUCAAUAAAUCUACCAUCUGAUUUGACCUUGGAUUUCUGAUAUUCAGUGAUGGGUAAGGGAGAAAUUUUGAAAAUUUAUAGGUGACUGGGCACCAUAUAAACUGAUCUAUCUGGUGUCUUUGGGAGUUAGACAAACUAUUAAAUGCUGUACGAAAUCA